GGAUACUGGAGUACCUCUGGAUGUCUGUUAGGAAACACCGAGGAGCCUGACUGCCUGAACCAGUGUGGAGAGAUUCUAUCAAUCUAUCUAUCCGUAAUGUGUAAUAAAGGGGGACGCAGUCUGCCGUAACGUGUAUUUAUUGAAAGCAAGUUUUGCCAUGGGGUGUGGGCUGAGGAAGCUAGAAGAUUCGGAAGACAGCAGUCCUGGAAAAAUCUUUUCAACAUUAAAAAGGCCACAAGUAGAAACAAAGACGGACGCAGCAUACGAAUAUGUGUUACUGGACUUUUCUUUAGAAGCAUCAGUGAAUUCCAAUGCCAUUAGGAUUAAAUCAUUGCUUGACAUUCCAAGCAAAGUGGAGGAAUAUUACUUAAGAGGAUAUAUGGUUGCCGCGGUCCAUCCAAUUAUUGUGUCUAGUGGUCGUAGAAGACACUUACCCAUUAGUUACUUGUAUCGAGUAGUACUAUAUCGACUUAAAUUAAGUCAAAAGCAUACAGCAUCCACAGGACAAAAGCGUGCCAGCCUUGUUAUUGAGGAAUGGAUGUCACUGUAUGAAGCACUGACAAAUGAAAGCUUGAAGAUUCUACUACAAAAAGUAAAUGAAGCAUCCAGAAAAGGCAUGAUGUUUAUUGGAUUUGUAACCAAGCACUUUCAUCACACCACAAACACCUUGUUGGAAGUAAAAGGCUUGGAACAAAACAGCAGUAAAAACUAUGCUGAGGAUGGUUAUAAAAAUCGGACAGAAGGAACCAUGAGUGGACAGUCAUCGGAAAGUGGAAUAGAUGAAGAAAUGCAUUUAGGAAAUGACAGUUUCCAAGACCCAGUAUUCUCCGAUGAGGGCACAUUAACUAAACCAAGGAAAAGUCAAGGUAAAACAUUAUAUGCUGUAUUUAAUGCAGUAGAUAAUGAGCUAGCUUGCUGCAAAUACAUUGAAGGCAACCUCUUAAUAAAAGUCUCUCGGAAAGGCACAACCAUCAGCGCACUGGAAGCAGACUGGCUGGAACUGACCACAUAUUAUUAUAAGCAAGGAUUUUCUUUAAUUGAUAGCUUUGUGCAUUGGGACACACAGAAAGGCGAACAGUCACCUAAAUCAUUGGACGGAUUAUUCAUCUAUGUGGAUGAAAGUUCUCAAGUUACAGUUUCAAGGAACAGAGGAAAUGAUGCUAUAAUAGUAGAACAAUGGACUGUAUUUGAGGGCUCUGAAAUUAAAACUGACUAUGGUCCCUUGCUGCACACACUGGCAGAAUUUGGAUGGUAUCUUACAUGUGUUAUACCAACUCCCAUAAUAAGACACAACAGUGAAGGAAAUCUGACUACAAAACAAAUCAUAUUUCUUCAAAGACCAGUUAUAUCACAUUCAACUGUUCAGUCAUCUGAGAAAAAAACUCUGAGGCACAUAGCGAAUGAAGAAAAAAGUAACAUAUCCAACAUAAGCAUUGGACUUCACACACCAGGAAGAAGUUUUGAUAUGGAACAUAGAUUGGAUGAUUUGUACAUGUCCUCUUCUAAGCAGUUCUGGGAUAAAGACAGUCAACAGUUCUGCAGUUUUUCUGGCUUCAGCACUAGUGAUAGCAUGCUACGAGAUCUGGAUGAUGUACAGUUUGAGCAAGAGGAUGGAGUAACCCAAGUUACUUGUAUGUGACCAAAAGUGCUAACUCCUGUGAUGUAUUCAUGGUCCAUUUCUGGCUCAUUUCUCCCAAUUUUAAAAUUAAUCUAUGAAAGUAGCAUAUCAUAUAACAUACACCUGUGACAAGGCUGGCUAAUGAUGGGUACACACUGGCCAAAUAUAUUGGCCAUUCAUCUGAAUGGUUGAUAUAUUUUGGGUGUGUCAGCAGGUCUGUAUCCCCAAUAUGUUUGUGAAUGAGACAAAUCGCGUUGGCCCUGCAGAGGCUGUUAGGGACUGACAGCACAACUAUGCGGGCAACAUAUCGGGCCGACCAUCAGUAAGUGUGUAUGCUCUUACCGAUCAUAAGAUAAGUUGGCGGUCUAACUGGAAGGGAAAUCAGUCAGCCUAGUGUGUAACUAGCUUAGGUGUUAUUCUACAAGCCAGGUAAAGCUCCUCGAGGCCUUUCUUUUUCUCCUCAAAAUCCACAAGGAUUUAGCAUACUUUAUGUAUAAUCUUAAGCAUGUAUUUAUAACAUAUACAGGUGUAGAAAAGAAUCUGAAACAGUUUGCAUUUUCAGAAUUAAAUAAAUGUUGCUUAGUUUAUAUUUAUGGGGAGAUGUACUAAACCUUCACUAUGUUACAGGUUGAGUUGGAAAAAUUAUAAUUAGGAGCUGAUUGGAUGCUACUUAAUCUCUCUCCACUUUACCACUCUCGAAAGCAUAGUAAAUCUGCCUAGUAAGAUAUUCCACAUACUUUACAUAACAUAUAAAGUUUAGUGCUCUUUGCAGAAUAUUAACAAUGAUCGCUAACAUGCCUCCAUGAUGCGGGCUGCAGCAAUUGGCAGACCAUUACAUCAUACAUAUCAAGCUCUUUGCGAAGUAUGAAAAUGGUUAAAUUUAAAAGUAAAAAUUUUUGUUCAUGUUACAAGCUAUGCUGUAUAACACAUCCUGGAAAAGGAAAAGCAAUGCCAUGAAUAAAUAUAUAUAUUUUACAUAUAUAUGUAGUAUAUGUUUAUUUAAAUCUUUCUUAGCAUUAAGUAGGAUGUUGGAGUCAGCGAGGAAGCAGUCCCUGUUUUAUUAUUUAGAAAUUCUAUGUUAAUAAAUAACUUCAGACACAGUAUUACAAUUUUGCAAUUAAAUCUGUUGCACAUGUAUUAUACAUAUUGCUUGGGAAAACAAAAUAAUGUUCCCAUUAAUGUAAAUAAUAUAUGGUAAAUAUUCUUAUGAUUUCCCAUCCCAGUGUACUGUAGAUCAGAUUGUAAACAUGAUGUAAUAAUAUGGUUCAAAUAGCAUAGAUAUUUAACAUUAAUAGUAUGUGCGUAAGCAUCUUGAAUUACUGUACCUGCAUUUGGGGCUUGACACCGCUAACAGUGCCUGUUCAUGGACUGAGAGAGGAUAGCUGUACUGCACUACCACAGAGGCAGAGAAUCUCAGGGACCUGCCGCAAUAAUUCUGGAUUUUAAGUUAUUCUUUACAUGAAAAUUGAGUGUAGGGGGUAAAACAGUCCUUUCUUUCACACUGUGCUCUUCCCUUGAUAGGCAGUUUUAAAAUGUAUUGGGAAGACUAGGCUCUGAGUACUUAGUACAGCCUCCUUAGAGGUCUCUCCACCACCUUCUGCCAGCCUAGCCUCACUCUGAGUCGAUCAGCUUCAAUCAUAAAAAGCAUCAGAGGAUGAAGUGAUCCUACUGGCUGGUGGUGCUCCUGUGCCAACACAUAGGGGGGAUAAUCAAUUGUUUGAAAUAUCAGCUGGGUGUCUGUUUUUCCAUAUCUAAUAGACAGGAAAAAACAGAUGCCCAACUGACUUUUAAACAUUUGAAUUCCACCCAUAGUUUUACACCAGGAACAGAACAAUGAUAUGGCUGGCCAAUUACUCUUGGUGCAGCUAUGUCUGGUGGACUGAAUGGAGAAAUUGUAUAUGUUUAAAUGUAGUAACAUAGUUAACAGAUUGCAUAUAUUGUACCUAUGUCAAGUCCCCAUUUUAAGUUUUUCCAGAGGUCCAGAAAUUUUCAGCUAAACUUCUGAUGAAUUUUGUGUCUGUUUCAAAACAGGAAUAGAAGUUGCAGUCAAGGUCAGCAUAGAGAUUGAGUCACAAAAACAACUACACUACACUGUAGGUGGCAAACACAGAGAAGUGCCAAACCCAGUAAUAUGUUGGCAUUUUUGAACAGUAUUCUUUAAUAUGUAAAUGCCAACUAGAUGUUACCUUUUCAGUGUUUUUCUGUUUUUGAUAACUAUAAUAUUUUAAUUGAGUAAUACUGUAUUUCUUGAUAGGCAGACAUCUUUCUGUACCAUGGGAUCUAAAACACUGUGCUAACAAGGACAGAAAUGAGUGUGCAUGUAAAUAUUGAAAUGUAUUUAUAUUAAAAUGAUUGUUAGAAAAA